AUGCAGAAAGAAGGGCUGAAUAUAGAGACUGCAGAUUACCUCACCUCGCUCCUCCAGAGGUAUGAUGCCACAGAGGGUGGACUCCCCCCACAAGCAAUUCUUGCACCCAUACCAGUACCUGUUCAGAGAGAAAAUCCAGGACCACCAUCUCCAAAUGAGUUUCUCGUGCCAGCUGUGAUACUUUGGGAUCCUCUAAGCCAAGUCCCCAGCUUGAAAGAGCUAGCAUGUCCACAUGAAAUCCAUGAUAGUGAAGUUUGUCCAUUAAGAGCCCAUACCAGCAACAAGAACAACUAUGGGCGAUGGAAGGCUUCUAGAGGAACUCAAGACAUUCCAAGAGCCCUUUAUUGUUGUGAUGGUAACACACUUUUGGUGAGUCGCCUGUACACUUGCAAGAAAGGUCAUAAGAUCAUCUCUCACGAUCCACGCCUCAUGGAGAACAUCCCACCAACAUUUCAAAUCCCAUUCUACCUGUUACACAGAACAGGUUUCACGCAUGAGUUGGCCACUUGGGUGCAUUCGUGUGUAUUUGCUGGGAUGUCAUUUCAUGAAAUUGAGGAAGUUUUGACGCAGAGGCAUCGUGAUGCAUAUGAAGAGCGUAAAUGCAAAUAUGAUGCAGCAGUUAAGGCCUAUCUUGAAAGUAAUCCUGAUGAUCACCCUGAAAUAGGUACAUUUCCAGAAUUCAAGACUUCACAAGUGCCAUCACUUGAGACCACCAUGUCAAGCAUUGUGCACAUGUUUGAAGGUAAUGAGCUAUUCUAUAUACAGAGGAUGAGCGAAUGGCCAGCUAAACGCAUCACUGCUGGCUACUACUUCAAGGUGGCCACAACAAUUGGAGAAAAACUGGAAACAGCUGGGAAAUGGAUCACACACUUUAAAAACAUGUAUACUGUCAUGAACGAGAAAGGUCAAAUCAUCGCAUGGAAGUUUACCAAAGAGAAGGAUCUGAGUGAAGUGAAAGACAUCUUGAUUGGAUUGCAGCAACGUUUCCAGAUGCAGGGCAGACAGCUGGAAAUGAUUCUUGUGCCAGAAUGUUGUGAAACAAGAGACCAGUUCAGUGAAAUAUUUGGUGCAGAUGUUCCUGUCAAAUUGGAACUUUCUAAAGCUGUCCAUCGAGUUGUCAGGAAAAUCCCUGCAAAGAAAAGAGAAGAGCAUCAACUGACUAAAGCUUGUGUUCGCGACUUUGCCCUGGCCUUACGUUAUCCAACAGACCGCGGGGACAUUCGCCAUCAGGAAACUCCUCCACCUGGGGUUGUCACUGAAAACCUUGAUGCUUUUGUGGAGGGCUGGAAGGAGAUCAUCGAAGGGAAUGAGCGCAUCUUAACUCUGGCAGCUCAGAGGCAGAUCAUGCAGCUACGAACUCAUGUGGAAGGAGGAUGUUUGUCAGAUAUUCCACCCUCUCAGGGAAGUGAAAAUGUUGACGAGCUGCACAGCAUUUUAAAACCUGUGUUGGAAAGAAAAUUUCUGAAUGCUGACAUGGCACUAGCCCUUAUUUCAACACUUCUGUAUGUGUGGAAUGAAAGGAGAGCAAAUCAGCUUCCCAAAGGAGCCCUUGUGCGGCCAAUCUCAAAGUACCGAGGUACUUUAGAAGUCAGUGGAUUCACACCAAGUGCAGAAAGAUUUGGGAUUGUGAAGAGUGAUGAAAAUGAUGGCAAUGAUGUCACCUCCUCUGCCAAUUAUUCAUUUGAUGUUCUUGCUCUGCAGUGCCUGAUACUGGAUGCCUUUGGUGGAAACAAAGAGCCAGAGAUAGAGCAAAAAGGCACUGACAAUGGCUUAACCCAGAGUGUCCUUAAGAAAGUAAUUGCUAAAGCCUCAAAUUUAUUUUCAGUGUGGGAGAUCCUCAAGACACAGGCUGUACAUGAUGUAUCACUCAACCCCCGACUUAUGCACCUGAUGGCUUGUUCUUUGAUCCUUUUCAGUCGCAAUGAAUGUGCAAUCGAUGACCGAGCUAACCAUGAAGUACGUCUCAAUGAAACACUGCGAUAUUAUCAGUUGAUGGUCUUCUCAGAAAAGAAGGACACACCGGAGGCAGAUGGAUUUUUUACAGCAGUCAGUUCAGGGCUUAACUCUAUACUAAGAAGUGAUUUGCCAGAAACUGAAUCAGUUAAGCAACAUCUUGCUUCCAUUGGAUACAAUACUCAUGAAGGCAGCAGUCUGGAGGAGAAUGUCUUGGUUCUGCGACAGUUGAUUAGUGAUGAGUGGCUUACAUGUGAAGAAGAGUAUAGUAAAUUACUGGUGUCACACAUGAUCAGCUUUGCUGAAGAAGCCCAAGCCUUCAGAGAAAGAGGAUACUUCAAAGGUAUAAAAUCUUUACUUGCAGUUACACGUUUAAAGUAAUGUAAAACAGUCAGUUCAAUUUUAGUAUCUGAGCAAUUGAGCAUACACCUACCCCUCUCCUAGUCAACUGUUUGGUAAGGGGAGGGGGGAGGGGUAGGUGUGCAAUUGCUCAGUUACUUACAUCGAUGCAUUUAGUCAAACCUAUAAGUGGCACCCUUGGAAAUAGUAAGUGACUGGUUACGUGUUAUAGACCUCUGAAACAAUUGAAAUGCAUGUCCUUAACAAAAUUCCAACUAAUGGAUACAGUGUUUAGGUGACAAAUGCUGUAAGGUGUUUUAAGUAAGGUUAAACAUUUCUUUCUGUUAUUAAAGCAAACAGACAUUUGCAGAGAGUUUACUGCAUCUAAUCUUAUUUUCAAUCCAUUUUAGCUGAGAUGUCCAAUCUUCUGCCAAUUGCUGCAGCAAAGGUUUUAAAAGUGCCAGUCAUAGUGUUCACUUCCCUGCAGCAGUUUCCAAUUGUGCCAGUGGUACCAUCAGAUGCUAUCAUUAUUGGUUCCUGUGUGCAUGUUGCUUACAAUGCAGCUGGUUUUGGAGGGUUUUAUGAUGUUGGCACUUACGUUAGCAACUCCAUUGUGCUACCAAAGCUGAUGACUGAUCCUUUGGAGAGGCGCAGAGAUAGCAGGAAACGUUACAGGGAGAAGAUGGCAUUGAUGAAAAUUAAUCAGCCUGCAAGAAAGAAAGGAAAGAAGCCAAAAACACCAAGUUCACAGAAUGACAACCAGAAAGAAAAUGAAACACCAGCAGAUCCAAAUGAUUCUGUUGCUUCACAACAAAGGGAGGAUUUGAACGGCUCUGCAGUUGAUGGUUUGGAACAUGAGACCUCCGUGAAUGCGGCAGUUCAAAACACAGUUGGGGAGACUUCACUGGAUACAUCGGAGAUGGAGAAUGCUACAGAUGAAGGAGUAGAAGCUGCUGCAAACCUCAUUGAAAUGGCAUACAGUGAGGCAGGGGUCAGUGAGGAAACCAUGGAAGAGGCUAUUACAGACAGUGUUAUUAAAGAUGACAUCUUACCAGCAAUGGAAUCAGCUGCUAAUGAAGACCAGGCAGUUCCAUUGCAGACAGCAGACCCUCAAGAAGACCAGACUGUCAUGGAUGAUGGUGAAACAACAACUGAAGUGAUAUCUGAGAAAGACCCUGUCAAAGAAAGUGUCUCUGAAGUUGUUACUGAAGAUGCAGCUACUGAAGCUGUAGCAGAGGAUGCAGUCAGUCCAUCAGUUAAUGGUGAAACCCAACCAGACCGUGUAGAAGGAGGAACACCUGCACAAGAGGCAGCUGUUAAUGCUUCUAACAAGUCUGAAAUCAUGAUUACACCCACGUCUAGCAGCAAGGCCUCUGUUCAGGGCACAGAAAUGGUUUUGACUAUCCAAGAGGGUGUGAACAUCCAGAAACAGACCUACUCCUGUAGCUGCGGCAGAGGAAGUGGAAAGAAUGUGAAACGCACUCAGUUCUGCUUGACUCUGGAAGGUGGUUACCUGACACGCUGUGCCUGCUAUAGGAAUGCAUCUGGUUGUUCUCACAGAUGUCGUUGCUACCUUUGCUGCAAUCCAUAUGGCACUGCUGAGGCUGCAAGGGCUACCAAGCCACCUCGCCAGGUCCGGCGUUUCCGGCCAAGACACAAAGUACAAGUGAUUAAGAGUCGCUUUCCAAGUCUUACAUUUGCCAGCACUAUCCCUAAAACUGAGGGUAUCCAACUUGGAUCCAAGUGGUUAGAGGUUGACUGCAUGGCAUUUGAGUGCCUCAUCGCAGCUAUGAGUCAUGCUGGAUUGGAACUGACUCCAGAGAAAAUUGCUCUAGAGUUUGAGAGGCUUUGUAACAUGUCUAAAGAUGAUGGAGGGAUCUUAGGGAAUGCUAUACAGUCAAAAACAAUCGUUGACAUAACUCAGCAGCUAGAGGUUGUACAGAGGAAUAUCCGCACAUUUGAAAACUUGUACAAAAAACAAACUGAACUGAACUGGUUUCAAGGGAUGGAAGUGGUGUUCUCAACAGAAGUGGUUGUGUCUUCAUAG